AUGGCUGGCAACUAUGAAGAAGACAAAUGGACAACAAAAAUAGAAAAUCUUUUUCAAGCUGGUAGACUUACAUCACAUCAAUGUACAGUUUAUAACAAAGAUUCCAAUUCAAAAACAAAUCAUGAAAGAUGUGGUUGUCAAAGACCUAUUCGACAUCAUAGUUUUGAUGGAGAUAUUUCUGAAGAAAAACCUAACCCAAAAGAUUGGAAUGUUAAAGAUCAUGCAAAAAAAUUGCAACGUCUUAUUUAUCAUUCUAAUCCAUCACGUAAAUUUUUACGAUGUUCAUGUGAAAGUAAAGAUGAUAUUGCUACACUUUAUGAACUUAUGAGAUAUACUUGUGAUAUACCAAAAUUAAUUAUUAGUAUUUAUGGUGGUCGUAUGCAUUUCACAUUAAGUGAAGAUAUAGAAAAAGAAUUUAUGGAUAGUUUAGCUGAAAUUGCCAUUACAUUUGGAACAUGGAUUAUAACAUCAGGAUUAAAUAAUGGUGUUGCAAGAUUGGUCGGAGAAGGUAUUAGUCAAUUUCAAGCAUUGACAGAUACAAAACAAUCAACAACUCUUCUUGGAAUAUCUUGGUGGGGUAAAAUAACACGAAAGACACGUAGAAUGGUAUUGGAUCUUCAAAGAGAAAAUUUAAUAAUAAAUAAUAAUCCUAUCAAUACAGAAACACUUUUUUCGUUCGAUAAUAAAAGUAGUCAUACAUUUGAAAAAAAUCAUACUCAUUUUCUUCUCCUGGACGAUGGAAAAUAUCGAAGUCAAUAUUUAAAUAAUGAAAAUGAUCAAUCAUCAACAAUUGCAAGAAAUCGACAAUUAAAUGCACAUGAAGAUGUUCAACAACAAGAAAUAGAAAUUAUAAAUCAAAAAGAUCUAUGUGCUCUAACAAAGCAACAACAAGUAGCCUUUGCUAAAGCAACUAAAUAUCCAACAGAGAUGCAACGUUCCGAUUUUGUUAAUUAUGCAUGUGAAAUAGAUGAUAGUUAUGCAGUUACUAUCAUAGUCGAAGGAGGCAUCAAUACAUGUCUAGCCGUUUUAAGUGAAAUUCAAGUUCAACGUCCCGUCAUUUUUAUUCAAGGUAGUGGCAAAAUUGCUGAUGUUCUUGCCGGUCUCAUGGAUCUUACAGCCAAAAAUGAACAUACUCCUGCCAGGGUACCUGAACAAGACGAAAUUGAACAUAAUCUAAGACGUUUUCCUAUGCGUGCAAGAACAGAAAAAGAACAUAAAAGAUUAAUUGAUCAAAUAAAAGAAAUUAUGCAUCCAAGUGUACGUAGAUAUCUCAAUGUAUUUCGUAACAAUAGUGAACUUAAUAUGAAACAAACUAUUUUUCAUGCAAUCUUCAAAGCUCACUUUGCUCAAAUAGAUUUAUUAAUAACCAAUUUAAAACAUGCUACAUCAGAACGAAGUAAUAAAGAAUCACAAAAAUUAAGUUUACUCGAAUUGGCAAUAAAAUGGAAUUGUUUCGAGCAAGCAACUGAUUUAUUAGCCGAGAUGGAAUAUAUGGAAAAAGAAUUAUUAGCAAAAUUAUUUAAGCAAGCUGUUGAUGAAAAUCGACCCGCUUUUGUUGAUUAUUUUCUUCGAAUUAAUUAUGAUCCACGUCGUACAUUGGAUCUACUAAAAGAGAAACGAGCUUCUAUAUCUAAUCGAGCAGAAGCAUCAAUUCCAUUAGAGUGUGAUAAUCUUUGUGAUUCUGAAACAUUAGCAUCAAAAGAUAUUAUACCUGAAUUUCAAAAUCAACUUCAACUAGGUGAACGUGGUUUAGAUUUCAUUUUUGAAUUGUAUGAAAAACCAUUUAAUUCGAGCAAACGUGAAUUACACUUUAUUCAACCUCAAUCUGGUGAUGAAUUAGAUAUUCAAUAUAGUGAAUGGAUAGGAAGUUUUAUGUGGCCAGUAUUUAAUGAUGUUUCUUCAUCAUUAACAAUGCCAGUUAACGAAUUAUGUUCAACAUUUAUUCAGCGCAUAAAAUAUAUCUGUUGUUGUGAAUGGAAUUUUAUUAAUCGAAAUCGAAAUAAAACUAAAAAUGGGUUUAGUACAUUGAAAAAAAUGAUUCAACAAUCUCCUAUUCUCACUGUUCCACAAAUAAUAGAAAUAAAAAUACGCGAUGGUACAUUGGCUGAAGAAUUAACACAGGCAAUGUUACGUGAUCUUCUUUAUUGGUCAAUAUUUACCGAUCGUAUAGAUAUGGCAAAGGUAUUUAUACUUCACAUUCGUACUCGAAUAUGUGCGGCUCUUUCAUGUGCAGCAAUUUUGAGAAAUCGAGUUAGUAAAACAGUUACUAGUGACAAACAUCAUCUGUAUAAACAACAAGCACAAGAUUUUGAAAAUUAUGCGAUCGAUUGUAUAAAUACGUGUUACUCAAAAAAUGAACGUAAAGCUUGUGAAUUAUUAAUUCGUGAACAGCCAUUAUUUGGUAAAAUAACUUGUAUGCAAGUCGCUAUUUCAUCUGAAAGUAAACUUUUUAUUAAUACUGAUUGUUUCAGUCAAGUUCUGAAACGUAUUUGGUAUAACAAAAUUUCUCAUACUGACAAUUCAUUUCUCUGGAUGAUGAGAUUUAUAAUAUCUUUUUUAACACUUGGAUUGCUUGCACCAUUUAUGAUGUCUUAUUGUCUUCCAGAAGUCAUAGAAAAAAAUAAAUCAUCGAACAAUUAUCAAAAUGGCGUUCAUCAGGAAAAUACAAACAGAAUGAAUAAUAGAAUAUUUCUCAGUUCUCAAUUAUCCGAUGCAGGUGUAAAUUAUUAUACACGAUAUAGAAAUUCCUCUGUUGACACAUGGCAAACUUACGUAGAAAGAGUAAAAGAUUUUCAUCAAUGUCCUAUGAUAAAAAUGUGCUAUCAUUUUAUUGGCUAUAUAUGGUUACUAUUAGUAUUCAGUUAUAUGGUAUUAUUUAAAUUAGUUCCUCCAACUGAUCUAGGACGUGAAUAUCAUUGGACAGAAAUUUAUACUAUAGUUACUAUUUCUACAAUGCUAAUCGAAUAUAUACGAAGAAAUAUGUUCUACUAUAUAACAUACAUGCGUGAAGGUCAACAACGCUCAUUAAUAUUACGAUUGCUUAGUAGUAUUCUCAAAUCAAUCCCAUACAACCUUUUUUUCAUAGGAAUGGGUCUUUGGUAUGGAUCUCGACGUAUACCUUCGUUGUUCACAACUGCUAAGAUUAUCUUAGCAUUAGAUCUAGAAUUAUGGUAUUUAUGGUCACUCAAAUUUAUUACUGUUAUCAAAAUUCUAAGUCCAAAAGUGUUUAUGCUUCGUGAUCUAAUGGGUUUUUUAUAUGUGGUACUAAUAUGUAUCGCAGCUUAUGGAGUUGUAUCUCGAACUAUGAUUAAACAAGGCAAAAUGGAAUUUACUGCUCGUAGUCUCUUUGCAGACAUAUUUCAUGCACCCUAUUGGCUUCUAUAUGCAGAUGCAGACGAUGAAAAAAAAACAAUUGACGACUUAACUUCUCGUAAUAAUGCUACAAAUCUUGAUGCAGAAUCAGUUGCAACUCAUAUGUUACUGGCAUUUCAUAUGAUUUUAUUCAAUAUUCUUCUUCUCAAUUUGCUUAUUGCUGCAUUUGCUACAACAAUAAGCAAAGUCGAAACAAAUUCCAGGUAUUUCUAUCAUUAUCAAGUAUACACUAUGACACAAGAAUAUUUCGAAAAACCAAUAAUUCCUGUUCCACCAUUUAUUCUCAUUUGUUAUAUAGGUAGUAUCAUACGAUAUAUAUAUUAUAAAUUGAAACAAUGUUGUAAAAAACAAGAUGAUAUUAAAAAAUAUAAGUAUUAUGUAACUGGCAUUUUUAAAAUGAUUCCAGUUGAUUCUGAAUUUACUGAACGAUGUACAGCUUUUGAACAUGCUGCAACUUAUGACUAUGCUAGACGUUUUGUCGAAAAUAAGAAAGGAAAACGUCCUACAUAA